AUGGCCCGACGAGGCCUCCUCCCUUCUCACUGUAGCUGGUCUAUCUGUAUUCUUAUCAUCAAUUCAAGUUCUCAGUUCCAGUCUUUAUUUUGGAGCAGCAGAAAGGAGGUCCAUGGGAAGUGCGGCUGCUCGCCGGAGGAAGGGGGAAUUCGGUGCACAGUUGUGGGAAGGGGAUUAUUACCGUAUCUUUGAGGUUGCUGGCACAAAAGACAGGUUAGUCAGCCUUGUGGACCACUUAAACGAUAGGGUAGUCCCGAGGUAGAAGAAGUCUCCGGCUUCCUAUGGAGGCUCCUGCCUGCUGGUGAGGCUCCUCUCCUGCAACUCGUCGAGGAGAUUGUCUGGUUAGGUCAACGGUCGGGCGAAGGAGCGGGGGCCGAAGGAGCGGGAGGCGUAGUCCCAUGGCGAAGAUGAUCCCACACUCGCCACCUAGCUCCUCCCCUGUCCGCCGCAGCGGACAUGGUAACUGGCCCUCGUCGUUUUCGUUUCUCUCGGCUCUCUUCCCUCCCCCCCACCACUCUCCCAAACUUCCUCGACCUCUUCAGAUCCUCGCUACUUUCUCCGAUCCGGUUGAGUAGAUUGUGAAUCCGUUUGUUUCAUUCAGAAUUUCAAGGAAAUGGAGAAGAAUUUCAGUGAGGUCUUGUUCAGUUACCCCUGUUUCCUCUCGCAGAAGCUUGGAAGCCACUUUUCUGCUUUCCCUUGGCGGGAUCGGUGCGGCAGAGGCGUUCUUCCUGCUCCAAAAUCACCGCGAGGGCGGGCAACAAAAUUCACUCCAGGACGGAUGAAAUUCCGAGGCAGUGGUAUAAUAUCGUUCCCGAUCUUCCAGCGAGACCGCCUCCACCCUUGCAUCCGAAGACCUUCAAGCCACUCGUGCCAGGAGAUCUGUCUCCUCUUCUAGCCCGCGAGCUAAUCAUGCAAGAAGUGAGUGAUGAGAGAUUCAUCGACAUACCAGACGAAGUCAUCGAUAUUUACAGCCUGUGGCGUCCGACGCCAUUGAUCAGGUUCGCUCCCCGAGCAGCAACCCUGCUUCUGACUGAUCGCCUCUCAGAGGAGACGGCAUCAAACAUCUACUGUAAAAUGCAGAGCUCGGAGGCUCGAGAAGCUCCUUGACACGCCGGCAAGAAUCUACUACAAGUACGAAGGCAACAGCCCAGCCGGAUCGCACAAACCAAACUCGGCAGUUCCGCAAGCUUGGUACAACGCUCAGGAGGGAAUCCGCAGGGUUGUGACGGAAACCGGUGCAGGCCAAUGGGGGUGUUCUCUGGCCUUCGCUAGUAGCUUGUUUGGUCUCGACUGCGAGGUAAUUCUACCUGGUGAAUUGUGGUCCGAGCUCCCUGGUUGAUACAUUUCCUCUUCCUUGACGAUCAAGGGUUGACAUGAUUACCAGGUGUGGCAAGUUCGGGCGUCUUAUGAUCAGAAGCCAUACAGGAAGCUGAUGAUGGAAACCUGGGGGGCCAAGGUCCACCACUCUCCUUCCAUUCUCACCGAAGCUGGCCGCAAGAUCCUCAGCCAGGAUCCCUCGAGCCCUGGGAGCUUGGGGAUCGCAAUCUCAGAGGCCGUCGAAGUCGCCACAGCUCGAUCUGAUACUAAAUAUUGCCUGGGAAGUGUUCUGAAUCACGUUCUCCUCCACCAGACCGUCAUUGGGGAGGAGUGCUUGAAGCAAUUGGAGGAGAUGGGAGAGACCCCAGAUGUGAUCAUUGGCUGCACAGGGGGUGGAUCCAAUUUUGCAGGCCUCACAUUUCCUUUCAUCCGGGAGAAGAUGGAGGGCAAGAUCAAUCCCGUCAUCAGAGCUGUUGAACCGACGGCUUGCCCUUCCCUCACAAGAGGCAUUUACGCAUACGACUUUGGUGAUACAGCGGGCAUGACUCCAUUGAUGAAGAUGCACACGCUCGGACAUGACUUCAUUCCUGACCCAAUUCAUGCUGGUAGCACUCCCACCUUCACAGCGUGAUGCAAGAGAUAUGCUCCACCAUCUCCUCUGGUUGUGACCUAAUGAACGGUGGAAUCCUGUGUGCUGCAGGUGGCCUGCGUUAUCAUGGAAUGGCACCGCUGCUCUCACAUAUCUAUGAGCUGGGUUUCAUGGAGGCUCUUGCAAUUCCUCAGACUGAAUGCUUUGAAGGUAAAUGUUUCCAUCAUUCACGAGUAUGGCCUGGCUUUUUGCAGCAAGUGCGCCACAGGAAUCUUCCUCGGUGAUGAUCAUGGCUGUGCUCUUCCCACGUUUGAGGUUCAAUGACCGCCACCUCUAGCCACCAUAGCCUAGUUAUCCAUUGUUUGUCUUUGGUUCCAAUCAGUGCCACAACUUCAUUAAAUCAUGGAACUCCUGCUUGCUGAGAAUCUGAAUUCUUUCUCUUGAUCAAAUUCCCGAUUAAGGCCAACAAGAAAAUCAUGAAUUCUUUCUUUGCUCAAUGAAAUCCUGCAGAAUAGCUGCUGUAUCCUCAGGACAUCUGGUUUUAAUCAGCUUAUAAUGGUCAAGUUCUUGCCUCAAAACCUUCAACUUAUUAGCAUAUUUUGUGGCUGUUUUACUUCCCUUUUCUGCAGCAAUUGUCUCUACCUUAGCCUCAUAGACUUGCGCUGCAUCUCUAGCAUAAUCAUGGGAUAAUCAUAAAAUCUUCCUCAUUCCAUUUCUCAAACCGAGGAUUCCGUUCUUAGCUGACUAUCCCUUCCCCUUUUAGCACAGUGAGAACAUGUUGGGACCAUUUGAGGUAAUUGUUUCCAUCCAACCUGUGUAGCUUGAAUACUCUGCAACUCUCUGCGUCUUUGACAGCGCUCAAACUAUGUCGAACGGUCCAACUCAAAACUACGCGUUUUUUCCCCCAUCUUAUUGACAUGCUUGUAGAACAUAUCUGUUUUAGAAAGCACUUUUAUCAACUAACUAUGUUCUAGAAAAUAUCUGUUCGGGAUGCCAUUAACUGACACUUUAGCAAGCAUCCCUUCAAUCUCUUAGCAGUUGACUCUGUUCAUGUACCAUACAUAGAAAGUAACCAAAAAAAAGGCUUUUUAUUUAUUUAUUUGAUGUUUUCGAAUAAAUAAAGAAAAAUUCCUGCAUUAAUAAUGAAGGAAUAAAAAUCCAGCAGAGGAUUGUACCAGCUCUGCAAUUUUCAAAAGAAAAGCGACAGAUGAUAAAUUAUUUGUAGAACUCGUCUCCUCCACCUUGAAGGUCCUAUCCUAUCUCUUGUCAGGGAGGUGAGGUUCAACCCACUCCACAAAAUUUCACCCCAUUAGUUUAGUUUCAUCUGCGGACGAAGGGACUAGAAUCGGAUCGAAGCACCUUGAAGCAUUAUCGAUAUCUCGGAAGCGCAGAAGAUCAACCGAUUCUUCUUCCGGCGACGGGAUUUCGUCGUUGGGUUCACUUUACAUUUUUGAAGAUUCUGUUUUUUUUUUCCGUCUUGCAGCUGCGCUGAGCUUUGCGAGGACCCAGGGGGUGAUCCCGGCGCCCGAGCCGACCCACGCCAUCGCCGCCGUAAUCAGGGAGGCAAAACUCUGCAGGGAGAGCGGAGAAUCGAAGGUCAUCCUCAUGGCCAUGUGCGGCCACGGCCACUUCGACUUGACCUCCUACGACAAGUACCUGCAGGGCACCUUGAAGGACCUGACCUUCGAUGGCAGCUUGGAAAUCCAGGAGAAGGUGAGGUCCUCGCUGAGCAGCAUUCCCCAAGUCCCACGAUGA